AUGAAGCUCACCGCGACUUUCGUUCUCUUCGGCAUGCUCCAGGCCGUCAUCGCCCAGAGCUUGGCUCCCUCUCCCACCGAGUCCAUCGGCUGUGUUCCCCACGAAGACCACUGGCACUGCGAGGGUCCCCGUCCCACCGAAGCUGCUCCCGAGCCCACCAGCGCCGCCCCUGCCCCCAGCCAGCCCGCUGAGGACGACGACGACCACGAGAGCCACACCGACGCUGAGGGCACCGGCCAGCUCGCUCCCUCCCCCACCGAGUCCAUCGGAUGCGAGCCCCACGGCGACCACUGGCACUGCGAGGGUCCCCGUCCCACUGGCUCUGCCUCUGAGGGCGGCGACGAGCCCAGCGCUAGCGGCAGCGGCUCUACUCCUUCCCAGACUACUUCUUCCAUUGUCCAGGUCCCCACCGGUGCUGCGGCGGGUCUCCAGAUCGGCAACGUUGUCCCCGUUGUGGCUGUUGCCCUCCUCGCCCAGGCUGCCUUUUAA